AAGAGCGAUAUGCUAUCUCAGAGGUGCACAAACACAUUUUCUCAAGCAGUCUUCAAGAACAGACCAUGAAAACGUUUCAGGGAUUUGAUGUCCUGAUGUUCGCGUUGUGAUUCUAGCCAUAACAGGGUUCAAUGAGUCUCUCUGAGGAGGGAGAGCAGUGGGCCACUGCCUCUAAGAUGAGUCUCUCUGGAGAACAUGACUCCAACUCAAAAGCUGAAAGCCCAAUCCAGCAGAAGAGACCAGUCUCACCUGUAACUAGCUGUGUGUCCAUGAAGAGUGACCAAUCUAUGGGACAUCCAGAGCUUUUCAGGAAGAGAGAUGGUUCUACUAAACAAAGCCCAAUCCAGCAGAAGAGACCAGUCUCACCUGUAACUAGCUGUGUGUCCAUGAAGAGUGACCAAUCUAUGGGACAUCCAGAGCUUUUCAGGAAGAGAGAUGGUUCUACUAAACAAAGCCCAAUCCAGCAGAAGAGACCAGUCUCACCUGUAACUAGCUGUGUGUCCAUGAAGAGUGACCAAUCUAUGGGACAUCCAGAGCUUUUCAGGAAGAGAGAUGGUUCUACUAAACAAAGCCCAAUCCAGCAGAAGAGACCAGUCUCACCUGUAACUAGCUGUGUGUCCAUGAAGAGUGACCAAUCUAUGGGACAUCCAGAGCUUUUCAGGAAGAGAGAUGGUUCUACUAAACAAAGACACCAACAGAACAGACCAAAGUCAGAGAUUCCUAGUGGUCAGUCUGCCCAGAGUCAUCAACAAGACCUGCCGGCUAUACUAAAAUCACUUGAAGAAAAUUUCAUCACAUUUGUGAAGAAUGAGUUGAAGAACAUCAACAGGAUUCUAUGUUCUGAGAGUUCAGAUCACCCAGUAUUCUCCGGGAGUCAGACAGAGGAUAAAGAAGUGGAUAAACCGGAGAGGAUUGCCCGAGAGGGUGCUCUGGACAUCUCACUGUACAUCCUGAGGAACAUUAACCAGAUGGAGCUCGCUGACAAACUGGAGAAAAAUACACCUGCCGUGAAGUGCCAACGUAAGCUAAAAUCUCAUCUGAAAAAUAAGUUUGAAUGUGUAUUGGAGGGAAUAGCGGAACAAGGAAACUCCAGACUUCUCAGUAAGAUCUAUACAGAGCUCUAUAUCACAGAGGGUAGGUGUGGAGGAGUCAAUAAUGAAAAUGAGAUGACACAGAUUGAGGCAGCAUCCAGGAGACCAGCAACACAUGAGACACCAAUAAAAUGCAAUGACAUCUUUCAGCCCUUACCUGGACAAGAUAAAUCUAUCAGAACUGUGCUGACGACGGGAGUCGCUGGCAUUGGAAAAACAGUCUCUGUGCAGAAGUUCAUUCUGGACUGGGCUGAAGGGAAAGCAAACCGGGAGCUUCAAUUCAUAUUUCCACUUUCGUUUCGGGAGAUGAAUUUGAUGAAGGAGAGAAACCACAGCAUGACGGAACUUAUUCAUCGCUUUGUCAUGGAAACCAAAGAAUCAGGAAUCUCUAAUUAUGACAAGUACAACGUUCUGUUUGUCCUUGAUGGUCUGGAUGAGUGUCGACUUCCUCUAGACUUCAAGAACAACAAGAUCUGUUUUGAUGUCACAGAGUCUACCUCAGUGGACGUGCUGCUGACAAAUCUCAUCAAGGGGAAUCUGUUUCCCUCCGCUUUCCUCUGGAUAACCUCCCGACCUGCAGCAGCCAAUCAGAUCCCUCCGGGGUGUGUUGACCAGGUGACAGAGGUACGAGGGUUCAAUGAUCCACAGAAGGAGGAGUACUUCAGGAAGAGAAUCAGUGAUGAGAAUUUGGUCAGCAGAAUCAUCUCACAUAUCAAGAUAUCAAGGAGCAUCCACAUUAUGUGCCACAUACCUGUCUUCUGUUGGAUUUCUGCUACAGUUUUUGAGAACAUAAUGAAGACAGAAAAAAGAGUGAUGCCCAAGACUCUGACUGAGAUGUACAUGUAUUUCCUCAUAUUUCAGUCCAAACAGACACUGGUGAAGUUUGAAGGGAAAGAGCAGAUCGAUCAACACUGGGAUAAAGAGAGCAUUAUGUCACUGGGGAAACUGGCUUUCCAACAGUUGGAGAUAGGCAAUCUGAUUUUCUAUGAGGAAGACCUGAAAAAAUGUGGUAUUGAUGUCAGAGAGGCAUCAGUGUAUUCAGGACUGUGCACACAGAUCUUCAGAGAGGAGAAUGGGCUGUACCAGGAGAAGGUCUACUGCUUUGUUCAUCUGAGCAUCCAGGAGUUCAUGGCUGCUGUGUAUGUGUUCCUCUCAGUCGUCAACAACAACGUGAAUCUAAUGGCCAAUCCGCAAUCAACCUCUGCCAAGCUGCGGACCCUGUCGAUUGACAACCGUCUAAUCGACCUGGCAAGGAGUGCAGUGGACAAGGCUUUAGAGAGUGAGAGUGGACACCUGGACCUGUUCCUCCGCUUCCUUCUGGGCCUCUCAUUGAAGUCCAAUCAGGCUCUCCUACGAGGCCUACUGACACAGACAAGUAGCAGCUCACAGACCAAUGAAAUGAUUGUCAAGUACAUCAAGGCAAAGAUCAGGGACAAGCCCACCUCAGAGAGAUGCAUCAAUCUGUUCCACUGUCUGAAUGAGUUGAAUGACCAUUCUUUAGUGGAGGAGAUCCAAAGCUACCUGAGAUCAGGAAGUCUCUCAGAAGCCAGCCUCUCAUCUGCUCAUUGGUCAGCUCUGGUCUUUGUGUUGCUGACUUCAGAAGAGAAGCUGGAAGUGUUUGACCUGAAGAAAUACUCCAGAUCAGAGGAAGGUUUUGUUAGGCUGCUGCCAGUGAUCAAAGCCUCCAGAACAGCACUGCUGAAUGGAUGUAACCUCACAGACACCUGCUGUGCUCCGUUGGCCUCGACUCUCAGCUCAAACUCCUCCCAACUGAGGGUGCUGGACCUGAGUGACAAUGACUUGCAGGAUUCAGGAGUGAAGCUGCUCUCUGCUGGACUGGAGAGUCCACACUGUCAACUGGAGACACUGAGGCUGUCAGGCUGCCUGGUCACAGAGGAAGGCUGUGCUUCUCUGGCCUCAGCUCUGAAGUCAAACCCCUCACAUCUAAGAGAGCUGGACCUGAGCUACAAUCACCCAGAAGACUCAGCACUGAAGCUGUUCUCUGCAGGACUGGAGAAACUCAAUUUGGACAAUGGUGAAGAGCGCCGGUUACAACCAGGGCUUAAAAAAUAUGCCUGUGAACUCACACUGGAUCCAAACACAGCAGGCAGACAGCUCAUUCUGUCUGAGGACAACAGAAAAGUGACAUCGGUGGAGAGUUUUAAGGACCGGCCACAGGUGCUGUGUAGAGAGGGUCUGAAUGGGCGUUGCUACUGGGAGGUAGAGUGGAGUGGGGAAAAAACUCGUUUGGCAGUGACCUAUAAAAGAAAAAGUAGUUUUGAUUCCAAUCUACUUGGAAGCAAUGACAUAUCUUGGGGUCUGGGAUGCUACAGUGAUGGUUACACUGCCUGGCACAAUGGUAAUCACACAACCAUACUGGCACCUUACUCCAGUAGAGUUGGAGUUUAUCUGGACUGGCAGGCUGGUUCUCUUACCUUCUAUAGCAUCUCCUCUGACACACUGACCCACCUGCACACAUUCCACACCUCGUUCAAUGAGCCCCUCUAUGCAGGGUUUUUGGUUGAGGAGACGGUGUCCCUGUGCAGGGUGAUUUUUAGCUCGAGCUGCUAGACCUGUUAGACCUGCUAGACCUUAUUGUUUCUUAGCAACUGGACCUUCCAGGUAAAUCUGGGUAUUCAAAUCCAUCUUUCUUCUUCUUCUUUGGUACAAAAUACAGUUUCCCCAUCAAUAGAAGAAAAUGUUACGUAGCAUAUUAUGUAUUCAAGUCUACAGAUAUUAUACAAUUAAAAAUAAUUCAACAUGAAGAAGUAAGUUAAGCGAUGUUGCCAUAGACCUGAUAUAUUGACCUUUACACGGAACCCAAACCGGCUGCGCGCGUGCGCCAUCGUGCGCCAUCGUGCAUAAAUGUAUUUUGCCCCCCACACCAAAUGCGAUCACGACACGUGGGUAUAACCAAUGAGGAGAUGGCACCCCAGCCAAACCCUAACCUGGACGACGCUGGGCCCUAUGGGACUCCCAAUCACAGCCUGUUGUGAUACAGCCUAGAAUCAAACCAGGGUCUGUAGUGACACCUCUAGCACUGAGAUGCAGUACCUUAGACUGCUGCGCCUCGCGAGCCCAAAAUCAUGUGUUUUGUAUGGUAUGUAUUAGUCCUAAUUUGUGGAUUUCCAUCACCCAUGUUGUAUGAUAUGUUAUGAAUUUGUGAAACAUAUGUUACGAAUUUGUAAAAUGUAUGAUAUGUUGUAAAUUUGAAAAACAUUUUAUUUUAUUAUUAUUUUUU